CUGAGGUGGGGCCUCCCAAAGCUCUUUAAAGCUUCCGCUCACCUCCAGGGCAAAAAACUAAGCUCAUCCUUGAUCUCUGAGUACAUCUAGUGUCCUGUGUCUGACCGGCUCUCAUUCCGGCGGCUUGAAGAGUGCUGGUCAAGCACAAACACUGACUUUCCCUUUGAAGAGUGAGUGUGUUUUCAUCGUAAAACACUCAGGUCAGCUCCAGCUGCUUGGAGGCAUUCUCGACGACAGCACAACUAACUUAUGGCACCUUUCCACUGCAUGUUCAUUUCUCAAAGACGAAAUCAUUAGCUGUAAACAUGGAGCGUAUGGAGCUGAAGAAAGUGAGCACGGAGGCGGACGAUGAAAGCAGCGUGGACGAACGCUUCUCGCCCAUCGAUUCAGAGAAGGCCACCAUUAACAGCUCACUUCUGGAUGAGGACGACACAGAGAGUCAGAAGUUUCUCACCAAUGGCAUCAUGAAGAAGAAGAAAUACGAGGAAGAAGAACAUCACCCGGGUCACACGUCGUUUGGGAUGUCCGUCUUUAACCUCAGUAACGCCAUCAUGGGCAGUGGAAUUCUGGGAUUGUCUUUCGCUGUGGCCAACACUGGCAUCAUACUGUUUGUCAUUCUCCUGUUUGGAGUCGCUAUCCUGUCGCUGUACUCUGUUCAUCUGUUACUAGUGACGGCCAAAGAAGGAGGCUCGCUGAUCUACGAGAAGCUCGGGGAAAGAGCGUUUGGAUGGCCGGGAAAAAUGGCAGCUUUUGGAUCAAUAACUCUGCAGAAUAUAGGAGCCAUGUCCAGCUACCUGUUCAUAGUCAAAUACGAGCUGCCGGAGGUGAUUCGAGCGUUUCUGGGGCUGGAGGAAAACUCUGGUGAGUGGUAUCUGAACGGGAACUACGCAGUGGUGUUGGUGUCCAUCGGCAUCAUUCUGCCGCUGUCUAUGCUGAAGAACCUGGGGUAUCUGGGCUACACCAGCGGCUUCUCUCUCUCAUGUAUGGUGUUCUUCCUCGGAGUGCUGAUCUAUAAGAAGACGAUCCUGCCGUGUCCUCUGCCGUUCUUCUAUCAGCACGAGUCAAACAUGAGCGUGAACGGCUCGGACGCUCUGGGUCUGUACACGCUGCAGAACGCCUCGGUGCUGGCCUCUUUAUCAGCAGAGAACGCUCCUCACCUGGAUCCUCACACGCCGCUGCACAGCGCCGUCCAGGUCACGCCUCACCCCGAGGACACCGAGGACAUGUGCACGCCCAAAUACUUUGUGUUCAACUCACAGACCGUGUACACCGUUCCCAUCCUCGCCUUUGCCUUCGUCUGUCAUCCUGAAGUUCUGCCCAUCUACAGCGAACUCAAAGAUCGCUCUCGGAGGAAGAUGCAGAAGGUAUCAAACCUGUCCAUCCUGGCGAUGCUGGUGAUGUACCUGCUCUCCGCUCUCUUCGGUUACCUGACGUUUUAUGAUCAUGUGGAGGCAGAGCUGCUUCACACCUUCACAAAGGUCUACAAGUUUGACACCAUGCUUCUUCUGGUGCGUCUGGCUGUGCUGACGGCGGUGACGCUGACCGUUCCCAUUGUGCUGUUCCCUAUCCGUUCUUCAGUCAUCACGCUGUGUUUCGCUGGGAAAGAGUUCAGCUGGAUCCGACACAUGCUCAUCGCCGCUGCUAUACUGGCCUUCAACAACCUCCUGGUGAUCUUCGUCCCCACCAUCAGAGACAUCUUCGGCUUCAUCGGAUCGUCUGCAGCCACCAUGCUCAUCUUCAUCCUCCCGGCGGCCUUUUAUCUGCGGCUCGUCAAGAGUUUACCGUUCAGAUCGCCUCAGAAAAUAUCUGCAGCCGUUUUCCUGGUGGUGGGUAUCUUCUUCAUGAUCGGCAGCUUGUCUCUGAUCGUCUUGGACUGGAUCCACAACCCGCCGGGUUCAAAAGGAGCUCAUUAAAGCUCCGGCGGUCGUCUGCUGAAGCCGUUUCAUCCCAGAGACUCGGACGAACCCUGCGCCUCCACCUCUCUCCAGCUCUCACA